AUGUGGAUCAGAGGGAGGUCUCACUCUGAGUGUCUUAUCUCUGACAUCCCAUUACCUCCUGCUGUGACCUCCCUCACCUUCCACCAAGCCCCACCCAGCCCUCUGCACUCUCCCCCGUGUGUGGAGGUGUCCCGGGGCUUUAUCUGCUCUGGAGUUAUUCCCAAUCUGAGGAGCGAGGCCCAGAGCGAGGCCCAGGGCAGAGACAGGCGGGACUCAGAUGCUAUCAGGCUUGACCCUGAAGCGACCCCACUCCACGCACACGCCCCACAGUUUGAAACGCAGCCAAAUCUGAACAGAACCUGCCGAUACCUGCGGCUGCCUCCUCGACACCAGCCCACUGCUGCGAUCCAGGCCGGGAAUGAUGUCGGAAUAAUCCACGGCAGCAGCUCAGACGCUGUUGGAGGUUCCAGGGGGAGAGGGAGGCGUCAGGCCACAGGAGGUUCCAGGGGGAGAGGAGGCGUCAGGCCAAGGGAGGUUCCAGGGGGAGAGGGAGGCGUCAGGCCACAGGAGGUUCCAGGGGGAGAGGGAGGCGUCAGGCCACAGGAGGUUCCAGGGGGAGAGGGAGGCGUCAGGCCACGGGAGGUUCCAGGGGGAGAGGGAGGCGUCAGGCCACAGGAGGUUCCAGGGGGAGAGGGAGGCGUCAGGCCACAGGAGGUUCCAGGGGGAGAGGGAGGCGUCAGGCCACAGGAGGUUCCAGGGGGAGAGGGAGGCGUCAGGCCACAGGAGGUUCCAGGGGGAGAGGGAGGCGUCAGGCCAUGGGAGGUUCCAGGGGGAGAGGGAGGCGUCAGGCCAUGGGAGGUUCCAGGGGGAGAGGGAGGCGUCAGGCCACGGGAGGUUCCAGGGGGAGAGGGAGGCGUCAGGCCAUGGGAGGUUCCAGGGGGAGAGGGAGGCGUCAGGCCAUGGGAGGUUCCAGGGGGAGAGGGAGGCGUCAGGCCACAGGAGGUUCCAGGGGGAGAGGAGGCAUCAGGCCACAGGAGGUUCCAGGGGGGAGAGGGAGGCGUCAGGCCACAGGAGGUUCCAGGGGGAGAGGAGGCGUCAGGCCACAGGAGGUUUCAGGGGGAGAGGGAGGCGUCAGGCCAAAGGAGGUUCCAGGGGGAGAGGGAGGCGUCAGGCCACAGGAGGUUUCAGGGGGAGAGGGAGGCGUCAGGCCAAAGGAGGUUCCAGGGGGAGAGGAGGCAUCAGGCCACAGGAGGUUCCAGGGGGAGAGGAGGCAUCAGGCCACAGGAGGUUCCAGGGGGAGAGGAGGCGUCAGGCCAAAGGAGGUUCCAGGGGGAGAGGGAGGCGUCAGGCCACAGGAGGUUUCAGGGGGAGAGGGAGGCGUCAGGCCACAGGAGGUUCCAGGGGGAGAGGGAGGCGUCAGGCCACGGGAGGUUCCAGGGGGAGAGGGAGGCGUCAGGCCAUGGGAGGUUCCAGGGGGAGAGGGAGGCGUCAGGCCAAUGGGAGGUUCCAGGGGGAGAGGGAGGCGUCAGGCCACGGGAGGUUCCAGGGGGAGAGGGAGGCGUCAGGCCAUGGGAGGUUCCAGGGGGAGAGGGAGGCGUCAGGCCAUGGGAGGUUCCAGGGGGAGAGGGAGGCGUCAGGCCACAGGAGGUUCCAGGGGGAGAGGAGGCAUCAGGCCACAGGAGGUUCCAGGGGGAGAGGGGAGGCGUCAGGCCAAAGGAGGUUCCAGGGGGAGAGGAGGCAUCAGGCCAAAGGAGGUUCCAGGGGGAGAGGAGGCAUCAGGCCAAAGGAGGUUCCAGGGGGAGGGAGGAGGGUCAGGCCAGGAGGUUCCAGGGGAGAGAGGAGGCCAGAGGGGUUCCAGGGGAGAGGGAGGCGUCAGGCCAAAGGAGGUUCCAGGGGGAGAGGAGGCAUCAGGCCAAAGGAGGUUCCAGGGGGAGAGGAGGCAUCAGGCCAAAGGAGGUUCCAGGGGGAGAGGGAGGCGUCACGUUGGUCCGACUGUUUGCUUUGUGCUAA